UGUUUACUGAAAAUGGUCACGUGACAAAAUAGGUCAUUUAAUUAGGUCAAAGGGAGGGAGCAGAUAAGCAUGAGUCUACACAUGCUUCUAUUCUCACAUAUCUCAGAGGAAAGGCAAAGACAAGGGACAUUCUCUUUUGCAAAAUUAUUUUGUAACAGUUAUGGCGAAAUCUGUUCAGAGACGUGGAAAAGCUGACGGAAGACAAAAGCAGCGCCAGGAAACACAGUCGACUCCUUCCUCCAAAAACAAAACAAACAUAUCUGACACAGGGGACCAAAAGGCGAAAUAUGUGAUGUUUUCACUAGGACUGUGUAUCAUUUUAGGACUGAUUUUACAGCCAUAUGUUUCUUCAUUCAUUGGUACCCUGAAAAGCGUCCAAAAUGAAAAGACUGAUGAAACAGCAGAAGUGAAAAAAAGCAAACCCCAACCGAGUUCAAGCAAUGGACAAAGUAUCUCACCUAAGUCUCAGACCCAGUCAAGCUCAAAGACCUCUAAAGCACCAAGUCAGGAUCAGCUACCAGAUGAAGUAAAGAAUUUUAAACCAACAAUUUUAGACGCACUUGUUGCCAAGAAGAUAUUUGCUGAUGGUCGGCGUAUACCCCCAGUAGAGUUGUUACAUCAGAAGACCACCAAUAGCACUGUGAAGGUCUACUUAUUCAAUGAUUUCCUAUCAGAAGCGGAAUGUGACGGUCUACGUAAAGCACAUGACAGUCAUGUGGCUGCUGCUACGGUGGACCCCAUUGUUUGCUUUGACAGUAUUACCACACUGCGAAGACACCUGAAAGAUGCCAAGAAGAAUAUCAAAGUUUCCCCCAAGGAUUUCACUUCUGGAACAACAUGUUUGAAUGAGAGCUUUUCACGAGACUUCAAGGCGUUUACUAAAGGCAACUGGAGCUUCAGCACAGCGUUCUACCCAGGGGAGAGCAAGUUUUCCAAGGUGUUUGAGCACCAUGUGGAGCAGGCCACAGCUUUGAAGAAAGAAAAUGGAGGAAAAUUUCAAAUAACCUCUUAUCCACUUGGAGUAGGGUAUAAAAAGCACACAGAUUGUGUAGUUGGCAGUCAAGAAAAGAGGGACAGAUUUGCAACGAUAUUAGUAUAUUUGCAAGAUGUGGAAAAGGGAGGAGAGACAAAAUUUCCAGAGUUGGGGAUUUGGGUGCGUCCCAAGAAAGGUCGAGCAUUGGUGUGGACCAACAUGGACGCUAAGGGUAACUGUGACCCCCUCAGUAUCCAUGACGCAGCCAUAGUAGAGGAUGGUCACAAGUAUAUACUUCAGAGAUGGUAUUACUACAAGAGCUUUUACUCCCUGGGGAAGAGACCCCCAGAACCUCCCCUCCCCACACGGGCGCCUGGCACACCACGCGUGACAUGUGAUGAGUACGAGCAGGGUAGCUGUCGCUGGUACGACGAGUGGAACUUUGAACAUGUGUUAGAAUAUGAGCGACAGAAGCACAUCUUAAUUUGAUUUUGAACUUCAAGAUUUUUAGACAUCCAGUUGAAAUAAUUUAUAGACUAAUUUUUGAAUAAUUAUACUUUGUUAUAUUAUAAGUACCAUUAUAGUCAUGGUAAUCAUCUGUUGACACCUGAAAUAAUGUGAAAAUUUUUGUGUGUAUAUAUAUAUAUAUAUAUGUGUGUGUUAAUUUGUGAUCUGUACUUCAAUGUAGCUGUUAAUUUGUGGUUUAUGAUUUUUAGAGUUUUUUUAAAUAUAUAAAUGAAAAGUACACAUUCCAGGACAUAAGACAAAAAAAAAAAAAA